AUUCUCGAUUGCUUUCCUGCCAAGGCGCAGGGUCUUCGUCCAUGUUACUAUCUCGGGAAGCUAGGACUCUUAGCACCUAGCUAGAAAUCAGUGUCCAAGGUAGGGGUCCGUCGCAGCGCAAUGGCACCUCCAAGUGAGGACAGUGAUGACUGUCCAAUGUCAAUGAAAGAGAUUGACGCCGCCAUGCUCCAAAUGAUGGAUGGCCCGGACACUCCCAUGAACCGGCAGCAUAGGGCAUUGCUGCCAUUGCUCGAUAAGAAGUCAAAGCUGGAAGUGCUGGUCAUGACGGACGCCUUCGAGGAGAAACUGAAAAAAGCCUCUCCGAAGCAGGUUCAGGAAAUGGUCGACAUCGGCCUGUUUAAAAUCGUGUGCACGCAGCUCGGGGGGUUCCGCGGACGAGAAGCCCAAGACACCGGCAUUGCGAUAGCCGCAGACCGUCUUGCUCUCUUUGUCGACGCGAUUCUGAACUGUCCUCCAAAGCUUGGGAGUUUGGCGCGGUGCGACCAAUCGCGGCAGUUGUGGCAAAGAAGAGGGAUUUGAAGAAUCCAGAGAUUUUGCAUGACGAGGCUCUACGAGCAGCCCUGGCCUUUCUAAAGUCGAUGGGGAAGCCAUGGUACGACCAUCUCGUCAAUCCAGGCAGUCAGAAGGAGGCGAAGAAAGCAUCGGGGAAGCUCUACCGGUGGAUGCUCAAAGAAGGGAUUGUGGACGCAAUUGUCAAGAUCUGGUGUGCUCUCCCUGAUUUCAGCAGCGCAGAAAAAGAAAAGAGCUACUAUCAGAGGCUGUGCCACAAUUGUGCGACAGUGCUGUGGUUCGCGACGCUGGUGCAACUUGACAAGCCACAGCUAGCAUCAAACGCAGAGCUGCUGAAACCGAUCUUUCACUACCUUCUGGAGGAACCCAACAUCUUCUCAGGGGUCAGGGCCAUGUCGCUGUCGUUGCUGCUGCACCUGUGGUUCCUCAGCGAGCCAGCCAAACGACCCGAAGCUGCGGACGUCCGCAAGGCCAUUGCGCAACACAAGGACGCAUGGAAGCUUCUCACUCUGCUGAAGGACUCCGUAGACAACCCCAGCAAAGGGCUUGAGGGCGUCGAGCCUCACACAAUCGUCCAGGCAUCAUACGCGUGUCUCCUCCGACUGCUUAUCAACACCCCGACGGCCCCCCCACUUCCCACUCCAUUUCUCGAGACAGCGUGCCGCCUCCUCGGCACCAUCCCUGACGCGCUAGUCUAGAUCGAAGCACGGUCUCUCGUCGUCGACCUCUACCACUCCGGCGCCGUGUCAGAAUCUCUCCUCCUGACGCACGCCUUCCCGGGGCUCCUAAACCUGUUCGUCGCUGAGGUGGAGCGCCGUGGGGGCGCCACGUCGUCCCCCCCCGACCAGAGGUUGCUGCUCCAGAUGACGACCUUCCUCUUGCACGCGUUCGGGCGGAUCCUGGAAGACGUCGCACGCCAGCAGGGGCGGCCGCGCGACCCGGACCUCCUGACCGCCGGCACGUCGCUAAGCCUCCAAACCCUGCCGCGGCUGGCCGAGCUCGUCGUC